UCGUAAGUACCGUAACUUCGUUAUCACGUUAUCAGUCAGGUUUCCUUUUACUGUCCUCGCUGUCAGUUACAUGAACUGUGAUAGUCAUGAGAUGAUGUGAAUUGAUUCGUUGUAAUCUUUGUUCCUGGCAAUUCUCGAUCCAGACAAUGUCUCUGGACAGUCAGGGGACAACCCUGCCAGAGUACAUCGACUUCUUAUUAUCUCCUGAAAUUCCUCUAGAUUUCCAUGUCUAUGUUGGCAAUCCUGACGUCAAAACUCAGGAGAAGAUCGGAGCAGUCAAAUGGAUGCUGAUAGCUCGCAGUAAGGUGCUGAGAGUGAUGCUACUAAAGAGUAAAAUGAGACAUGAAAAGGAAAUGAGCAUCACUGACUUGGAACCUGAUACUUUCAAGAACUUCCUGGUGUUCCUGUAUGGCCACGACAACACAUCAUCACUCCAGUUGGAGGCCGCUGUUUCCCUGCUCUGUGCUGCAGAGAAGUACGAUGUGGAAGAUCUGAAGUCUAGAUUGGACGAUGUGAUCACGCCCCAAGUUACUGUAGACAAUGUAUUUGUUGUCCUGCAAAAUGCACUUGUCUGUGAGAAUGCACCUAAAUUGUGGGAAACUGUCAAUGAGAUAAUUCAGUACCGCACCGAACAAGUGUUCUCCCACACUGAAUUCCCGAAAGUCAGUCCGGAAGUACUGCUACAUAUUGUACAACAGGAGAGCUUGAGUGUGCCAGAGAUUGAUGUAUGGAGGGCUGCUCUCAACUGGGCUACACAUCAAGCCCAGCCAGUGGAAGGGGUAAUCUCAGCAGAGAACCUGCGGCUGACUAUUUUUCCUUUCCUAAAAAGCAUCCGCCUAUGCACACUCAGCACUGAACAUCUUGUCAAGGAAGUGCAGGUGACACAAAUCUUGACAUCAGAGGAGAUGAGAGAUAUCAGCCUGUUAAUGGCAGGGAUCAAAUUGAGUGACAGCUCUGACCUGAUUUGCAUGGAGACUGAAGAACGGGGACGAAUCUCACUCCUUUCUGACAAAAGAAUUAAAACUUUCACGCAACAAGGCUUAUCUGUUGCUCAAAAUUGCAAAUUGACAGGUGACGGUAUUUAUAUCCUGACAAAAAACUCUUCUAUUGAAUUGUGCGCAGUUGAAUGUAGGACCUGUGAGAUUCCAUCAUUGAAGAUGACACCAAAAAAACGAACACAAGAGUACAAGGUAACAGUAAAGAUAAAACAUAUCCCCCAUGAAGGUGUGAACAGCACGUAUCCUGAACCUGAGCACCCCCCUCUAGAGAUCAAUUACGUCGAGCAGCUAGAGUAUGACACAGACUUUGUUAUACCACUUGAACACGACUACAAAAAUGUUAUAUUGAAACCCAACAACUUGUACGCAAUAGAAUUUACUAGUAAUAAUGAAGUUCAAUUGUGGUACAGUGCAACUAAUGGUGAUAGCUACCAAGUCACUGAAAGUUUUGAUAUAAAGUUCUUGCACCCUGGCAACUGUACAAACUGUUUUAGUCCUAUAAAGAACUUGUAUUACAAAGAGCAUGACUUACAGUAAACUUCUAGUUGUGAUAAUCUUCAAACAUCCUUGUCAUUGUGUAAGUAUGUCACCGACUUGGCAAUAAUUAGUUAGCAAACAUUUUGCAAUUAAAAAAAUGUAAUUGUAAAUUCAAACAUACUCUUUACUCUUCCAACUAUAGAGUAUGCUUACUGCUUUUUUAUUCUAAAAAUGUUAAUUUGACCUUGGAACUGUAGAUCAUUUUUAAGGUAUCAAUUGUGACAACCCUAGUUAUUAUUUGUGGUUUUUUACCUGUAAGUAAUGUGUCAACUAAGUGUUUUAUGGUAUACAAAAAUGUAUAUACAUUUUUUCAAAUGUAAUUUCAAAGAUAAGCUGUAUACUGUAAUUUAUUUUAUGUUCUUUUGUUUGAAUUGUAUGUUAACGAAAGUAGUGUUAUUAGAAUAGUAAAUUUUAAACGUACUUAUCACUAGUUCUUUUCACAAUGUUAUUAACUCAUUUCUUUAUGUAAGAUUUAUUUAAAGUAGAAUAUUAGUAUUAAUGCAUUGCACUGUACUAGUUUGAAUCUCUAGAGUUAUAUGUUACUUGUUUUAAGUAAAUCAAGAAUGUAUUUUAAGCUGAUGUUUUUAAUCUAAAAUUGUCAUUUUAGUUAAAAAUGUAACCAAGCUGACCAUGUAGAAAUUUAUAUUUUUAUUGUAUUACUAACGAAAUAAUAUAGGCUAUUUUUCUAUUAUUGUUAGAUUUCCUAUAACGAAAUGUAUACAUAUCUAAAUAAAAAUUCUGUGUUUUAUAAUCGCACAA